AUGGUCACGAACAGUGACGUCAUCUAUGACGUAGAGCGAUCGCAAACCGGGGAUACAGCCCUGGAGCGUCCACAAAAGAAGGGCCCCACAAUAGAGACUUCAGAAAAAAAAUUCAAAGAAUGUUUACAUAAUAGUAAAAUUUUCAAAAUGUCUUUACUAAUACGCACAGAUGUUACAGCUGUUAAAUUUUUCAAUAAAUAUGUCUUAGCGGGUAUUGGCAGCUCUUUAGAGAUAUACCAUAGGGAUACUGGGAAAUUUAUACAAAAAAUUAAUGUUUUAAAUGGACAAAAGAUCUAUAGCAUUAAAAUUUCUAAUUGCGAAAAGAAAUUGCUUAUUUUUGGAGGCAAACAGUUUUCAAUUAUAGAAUUAGACUUUAACUAUGGCGAAGAAACAGUAACGGAAAGCCAGCUAUUAGCUCCCGUUGUGUGUGAUGACUGGAUACAUUCAGGGGUUUUUUUGUCUGAAAAUAAAGUUGCACUUUUGACGGCACAUAAUGUUGUUCAAAUCUGGAACACAGAAAAUGAAACGUUAACAAAUAAGUAUAUAAGUAAAGACAACUCUAUACUCUACAGCGGUCUACUUUUACCACUAAAAGAUGACAUCAUUGUGUUCAGCGGCACUGUGUUCUCUGAGGUUAUUAUACACCAGUGCGGUGAUGAUGUGCCACUACACCAUUUGAAGGGUCAUAAGGGUGUCAUAUUCUCAAUAACUUACAACUCAGACAAGGAAAUAAUAGUCACGACAUCUGACGAUAGAUCAGUCAGAAUCUGGAAGAUUGAUAACGAAGAAAAUUUUGAAAUUGACUCAAAAGAUUACUGGAUAAAAGCUAAGAUAACGUGUACCCAUAAUUUAUAUGGUCACAUGGCCAGAGUUAUGCGCAGUCAUGUUACCAAUAACUUAAUUAUAUCAAUAGGAGAAGAUUCUGGAAUAUGUUUCUGGAAUCACAACGGAAAACUUUUAAGAAAAGUUCUGUCACAUCAAAAUGCUUGCAUUUGGUCGUUAGACGCUGAUGAUCGGUAUUUAGUGACGGGAGGUGGUGAUUGUGGUGUUGUUUUACACCCCUUAUCAUUAGUAACAGAAUACGGUCACAAGGAUAUUAUACCAGUUGAAAUGAAUACACCAAAGAAAGUAAAAUUUACUGCAAGACGAAGUAUACUUAUUAUGAAUGAAUCAAAUCAACUUAUUUAUUACGAUUUAAUUUCAAAUACUAGUCAUGUUAAUGAUUUAAAUCAUACAUCUACAUUUAAAUUGUUAAGUUUGUCAUCUUGCAAACAAAUAAUAGCGGUCGCUGAUAUGAAUGGAAAGUUAGAUAUUUUUGUGGAAAACUGUAAAGGUGAUGCCGUGAUUACAAAAAUUAUUGACACGAAAUUAAAUUUAGGUAAAAUUCUGUCCUUGCAAUGGGCUGGAAAUAGACAUUUAGUUGUGUGUUCUGAAAAUGGUCGAAUAACAAUUCUAGCUUCGAAAGAAAUUGGUAUCGAGGAAGUUGAUGAAUUUAGCCUUCCUCCUUGCAAAGAAAGAUGGUUAACAGCAAGCGCUUUAAGCUUGGAUAAAAAUAUAUUAAUAGUGGGUGAUCGUGUUGGUCAUAUAUACGUAUAUUUCCAUGGAAAUAGAAACCCAGUUAGAACAUUUGAUAAAGUCUACGAUAGAUACGGUGCUACAUCUAUUACAAUUAAAAGUAACGAAUUUAUAACUACAGGGAGAGACGGCAAAAUAAAGUACUUUUCUUUUAGUGAUGAUGCGAAUGAUAUAAAAUAUAUGAAUUGUAAAGAUUUAGAGUUUCAAUGGCUUGAAAAGUUUUUGGAUAAAAACGAAAAUUAUUUAUGCGGUUUUCAUGAAAGAGUCUUUGUAGUUUACGAUGUGAGAAAUAGGUCAAAAAUAUUUGAAGUUGCUUGUGGAGGUGGACACAGGUCUUGGGACGCAGUGCGAUAUAUAGAAAAAGUAGACAAUAGUUUUGAAGAAUUUAUACAAGUGUUAUAUUUAAAAAAUUAUACACUACAUUCGGAAAAGUUUCAACUUAGCAAAAUAGUUUCCAAAAACAUUAUAGACGGAAUUCAUUCGAAACAAAUCAAUUGCUUGAAAACUUACAAAUGCGAUGACAACAAUGCUUCAACCGUCUUUAUAUCUGGUGGAGAAGAUACGACUCUAAGGAUAGCUUGCUCAAAUCUGACCUCGAAACUCAAAGAUCACGUUAUGUUCAAACAAUUAUCAAGUAUACGAACUCUAAAGAUUCAACCUUUAGACAUCAAUAAAAUUCUUUUACUGUCUGCUGGUGGCAGAGCUCAAAUUUGCGCCAAAGUCAUUACAUUUGACCUGAACAAAGGUAAUGAAAUAUAUUCAGAAGAUUUAGUCGAUUACCUUAUAAAAGGUACAGACAAAGAAAGAAAAGGGGACAAAAACUGGACAGAUUGUUCCAUUGACUUUGAUCCAGAAACUAGAAUUAUGGAUUUGGAAAUACUUAAAAAAGAUAACAAUUUUACGAUAAUAACAGCUUGUUCCGACGCUACUUUAAGAAUCUUUAAAUUAGAUAUCGGUAAAAGAAAACUAAAUCCACUACAAGAAAUAAGAUAUCACAAAACUUGUAUACUAAAAACGCAUAUUUUCGAAAUUGCAAAUAAUUGUUUACUGGUAACAUGCACAACUAGAGGAGAUAUCGCUUUUUGGGAUCUCGGGAAACCAGACAAAAUAUCUAACGAAUCAAUUUUGUCGAUUCGCACAAAUAAAUCAGGAAUUAAUAGCAUAGACGUGUCUAUAAUAGACAAUGAAAGAUUCCUACUAGCAACAGGAGGAGACGACAAUGCUAUACAUCUAAAUUUAAUCGAAAUACAAGACCAAAAAAGCCCAAUGAUGGUCACAAACUCCUGGUCAAGUGACAAAUACCACUGUUCUCAAAUAACUGGUAUUAAAAUAAUGGGUGAUUUGAUGGUAUCAACCAGUAUUGACCAAAGAGUGACUUUGUUUAGAAUAUCAGUUGCAGAUGAAGUCAAAUGCGAUUUCUACUCCCAGUAUUAUAGCGAUGUGUCUGACAUACAUGGUCUAGAUGUUGUAGAUAUUUCGGGUGAUUCAGUUACAAUCUGUGUAUUCGGAAAAGGGAUAGAAGUUCUACGAAUACCUAAACCAGUAUGAUGAUAAAUAUACUGGAGUGGAAAAUAAUAUCUCGUCGUGAAAGGGGACUUUGUGUUUGAAAAUGGUGAGUAUUGCUACAUAAUAUCACUUCAGCCUAUCGCAGUCCACUGCUGGACAUAGGCCUUCCAUCCCGGUUUUCCGCAAUACUCAUCCAGCCACCACCGGUAAUAUUACGUAGCCGGGAAUAGUAGGGUUGCCGGGAAGAGGUCGAUAGAGUUCUCUCUGCUCUACAAAACUGUUUUUCCAUGUGAAUAGUGUCGAUCAUGAUCUGCUGAAGCUCUCAAGAUGACUGAACAGCUAUAAUAAAUAUGAUUAAAAAUAUUCUACAAAAA